AAGAAGUCCAAGCGUUUCACUUCUGUUGAUGAUCACCUCACCAUUUCUGGAUAGACGGCGUUAUCUUUGGGAAAAUCGGUCGGUGCAUGAUACGUUAGCUCAGACGCACAAACCGCGUGAGACGGCGAUGCACUAAUUGAAGUAGAGGUAUUCAAGAGAGCCCCAGUAAGGUGCCUUUGGACGGAGAGUUAGCGCAUUUUUGUACGACGAAAGAACCGGCAUAACGAUAGGAAGUUUAGGAUGCAAGCUUCAUUUAAUCUCGUACAGGUUAUGUGCGGUGCUCUAUUGUUGUUGCAUCCAGCCAGAGCCAAAUCAAUCGUUAACUAUCUUCAAGCUAAGGUUUCUUCAGAAUGGAAUGAAGAUCUUGAACCUGUAAUUGAAUCGAUCACUGGUAGAAUUCAAAAGAUGCUUCUUUCAACUGGCGCAGAUAUCGUAUACGACGAGACUUUGUCAUUCGAAUGUCUUCGAAGUCUUGUAAGAAUCGCGACGGGCCUCCGAGAUCGAAAAGUGUGGGCGUUGAAAUUCCUUGAUUCAAACGGAGCUUUCACCAUCAACAAAAUCGAUGGAAGCGUCGCCUCAAUCGGAGGAUACGACGAAUGUCUCUCAAUUAGAGUACCUCAGAUAGACCAGACAAACAAGUUAGAUUUCGCCGGGAAGUAUUGCUCAGUCUCAGUUCACGUCGAUCGCCAACCGAUGUUGUACAGGCUACUUCCAGAAAUUGCUGUUCAGGAGCCGAUACUUCUGGAAUUUCUGGGCAGUCCGAAUGCCACAUGGGCGCUGGAGAUGAUGGAGAGGCUGCCACUUGGCAUGAGGGUUGGUAUUUGUCUGCCAUCGAAAUGUGAAGACUCCGUUGUUACGCAUUUAGUACAAAAAUUCGGAGGAAAAUAUGGCAUCAGGGCAAAACCACUCGCAUGCAGGGACGAUGUGACAGCAGAGCCUUUCCACGCUGGCAUUUGGAUCGCUGGAUUCGUAUUUCUAAUAGCGAUAAUUCUUGUCGUAUGGGGAACUAUAGGUGAUUGUCGAAACUCUCCAAAUGACCAAGAUUUUUCAGUACGGCUAAUGCGAUGCUUUUCUGUUAGGGUCUCGUACCUCAAGCUCACAGCAAGUGAAGUUAUGGAAGGAAACCGCGACGUCGAUUGCAUUCACGGCAUCCGUGUUCUGAGCUCCCUGUGGAUUCUACUGUCUCAUACGUUCCUCGGGGAUCCUGCACUGUAUGAUCGAGGGUUGCACUUCCUGGUCGUUCUGCGUAGUCCCGUAUUCAGCAUUGUUACGCAAGGAAUACUGGCCGUGGACAGCUUUUUUGCCCUCACCGGGAUCCUAGUCUACCGGAAACUCUAUCAAGGCAUUACAAAGGAUCGUAUUUUAGAAAAGGUACCAGUAGUGCAAUUCGUGUCUGUGAUGAUACUUCGGCGCGCGUUACGUCUUCUUGUCCCCGCGCUAGCGGUCAUUUGUAUGCUCUAUUUCCUGCCAGUUGUGACUUCGGGACCCGGUAUGGACGCUUUCUACCCGUUUUUCCGCAGGAAUUGCGACCAACGGUGGUGGACACAAUUAUUUUUUAUCAACAAUUGGUGGAGCUUUGAACUCGCUUGCAUGGGUAACCAAUGGUAUAUUGCGGCAGACAUGCAAUUGCUUAUCAUCUUGAUCCUACCGACAGUUCUAAUGGUGUACCGACCCUACCAAGGCGUUUUUGUGCUCGGCCUUCUCAUCGUUUUCUCAAAUGCCUACACAGCUUUUCUUACAAUUUACUACGAUGCUACACCCACAUACUUAAUUUUGCCCCGACAAGCACUUAAGGUGAUGCAGUUUGCCCUGCGUAUCAGUGAUCAGGCGCUUCCGUAUUUGGCCACAGUAUGUAUAGGCAUCCUGGGGGGUCAUUAUAUAGAGCAUUACAAAAACCGCGAGAUUUCCCCGAUGGUCACGAAGAUUUGUUGGUCCUUGAUCGGACUGGUGUCGUUUAUUAUCGUGUUUGUAGUCAAUGUGUGGCACCGAAGAGGGUCGGUGAGUCAAAUCGAAGCGGUGCUAUACGGAUCUCUCUAUAGGCCCCUAUGGGGUGCAUGCGUUGUAUGGGUAGUUUUUUUCUGCGCUUCGGGAAAAGCUCCCUUCGUCCGAUGGAUACUAAAUCGGCCAAACGUAAUGAUCCUGAGUCGCUUGUCCUACUGUUUCUAUCUGUGCCAGUACAUCGUUAUAAUGUUGAAGAAUUUCACAGGAAGAUACAUGGUCGCGUUCACCUAUUACCAAAACUUCCGUGACUUCUUUGCAGAUGCGAUCUUCAACUACCUUCUGGCAGUUUUCAUAUUUUUUAUAUUCGAGGCUCCAACGUACGCUCUCGACAAGUUAGCUUUCGCAAAGCAAGAAGCCAGAUCAGGCCGAGCACAGAUUAACGACCAAAAAGACAUAAAAUAUGUGAAUCAGGUCUUUGAUACACCAAACGGAAGUGUUUUGAAAGCAUCAAGUAGAGCCGCGCUAGAAUCGACGCACGAUAUCCCCUUCGCGCUCAUCUAUAGGCUAUGAGAAUUAACUGCCAAACGGCAAUCUGGAAAUCGCCACAUCGUUCAAUAUCUACUAUUGUAUUAAGACAAAAUGCUCUGAAAUCUACUGGAAUCGCGGGCAGAUACUCUCGAAUAUUCUACAUAUAACGUAUGCGAAAUUUUUUAAACGAACCUAAAAUAAUUAGUAAAAACGAGAAACAUGUUGUGGUUUGCCACGAACCGAAUACGCACAAUCGUGCCAGAAGCCAUAUUUUUCUUAUUUUACAUGAUAACAGUAACGCAUAAUGAGCACUUACGGGUGUCAAGUAGGCACAUGAGUUGCACGUAAUUACAUAAGUUAAUUUGCGUGAAUGACUAGACUGAGCAUGCUCCUGUAUUUUUGGCAAGUUAUGAAAGUAACAAAUAAAUACAAAGGUAAAUUUAGAGAACUCUCGCAAAGCUAUUUACGGAAAUUUUAGUUGACUGUAAAAAUAUGUACUGGCUGGUCAAAAAGGUAUUCAUUGUUGUCCUGCUUGAGUGGCUUUCAAGUCACAUACCUUAGGUUAUAUCAGUCUCAGCGCAUUUGACAUCUAGUUUUGGCAGUGUCUUCAUGUAGAUAUGAGAUAGAGCGUUUUGUGAAGAUUCUCUAUAUUUUACAAUACUAUUACGACAGCUGCUGCCCAGGACGAUAAAAAAAAAAACUUCGUAUUGCGUUAUCGGAAGAGAUAAUAGAAACUUCUGACGUUUACGUUCUGAAAAUUUGAACGCGAAAGAUGGAUUAGUCGAUAGCUUAUACAAGAAGUUAAUGAAACUAUGCGUAAACAGCCCCAAUAAAAGCGUCCAUCAGCAAACACGUUUAAACUAUUUGAGGGAAGUUAGCUACGAAAAAGCGUGAUGUCUGAAGGUCACAUGAAUUGAUGCAAAAUAACCUGCCUCUACGAAAUUCUAGAAGAACGUAACGAAAUCGAGUCGUUUCCAAGGCAAUAAUGCGCAAACAAAGACCGACGUCCAAGGAGGCGGUCCAAGGAGGUACCUGCUAAAGCUGCCACUGCCUGGCAAGACGAUUAAUCUACCAAUUCUACUGUCAACAAAUAAUAUGAUUACAGUAAGAUAUUGGAAAUAUCGGCCGGAAUCAGCAGGUAGAAUAGUUGUCGUGUUUCACCAUAACAGCGUCGGACCAUGUACAUUGUCGGCGGUUAGGCAAACGCUGAGAAAAUUCGGACGAAAAAUUUGAACGCCGACGUCUUGCCGCCGAUAGAUCCUAAUGUUGUUAUUUUAUUUCAAUGGAGAGAUACAAGAAUGAAACACGGAAGUCCUACAGUGAUUAACUGGCUUAAGGUCUUAUAGGAAAAUUGCGGAAAAUCAAUUAAAAAAGCGCAUACUCAGUUUGGUGACAUUAUUUCUAAUAUAAAAACAUAUUUGGGCUUAAAGAGAGUUAAUAUUUCCUGAUGAUAUUUCAAUAUGAUGAGCUGUUGUUGCUUCCUUAAUUCGUCGUUUCGGGCGAAACCGGCUUUAGAGUGUUUGCACACUUCAGCCAGAUUAGCUCAGUGAAUAUUCAGUUGGUUUUGUUUACAUGCCUAUUUUUUUUAUAGUGAAGCUUUUAGCAAUAUUGCGCAUAACAGAACAUUGUAUUGAGUUUGGUUAACAAGUACAACUACCUCGGUGUUAGGCGAGCAAGCAGCGACUUCAUAGAUGACAGCUGUGAAGUGCGACUCUGCCUUCCUGUUCACCUCUGAAACGCUCUGACGUGUUAGAAAUCUAAAACAUUUUACGGUUAACCUACGUGUAUUUGUAUGUAACGUCUAAAAUAAAGACAACAAACAUAUCCUUCGGAUUCGUCAUCGCUUUUCUCGCCUAGUGCAUGGUAAUAAAAUAAAGGA